AUUUUGUAUGAAACUUUUGUCAAAUUUGACAUUUCUUGCACCUGGAACAUAGGUUUGGAACGCAGCUCUGUACCACCAAUCUACCUCGACUCGAGUUUUAUAGUAUUUCAAUUUUCAGUUCGUUUUAUUUCAGUCAGUUUAAAGAAAUUAAAACUCGGAGAAAAAGACAGACGGUCCUCAUAAAUUUUUGAUGUAUAAAACUUAGAAAUGAAAAUAUCAGAUUACGUGUAACUAUGUCAGACAAAAAGAAGAAGGUAUUUACAUCAAAGGAGACAUUAACACCAAGACGACCUGUGAUCCUAAAAUCUGACCGUGAUGUGUCGAAAGACCAAACUAAGGAAAAACAAGAAAAAGAGAAAGCACCUACAAUAAUACUUAAGACUCGUGAACAAAGUGCACCUAAAGAUGAUAGGCCUGUAAGUCCAAAAACAUUAAAGUCAUCAACAUCAGAGAUUGAAGGCAUACACCCUUCUAAAAUAGCACAAAAUGAAAACAAAGAAAAGAAAGAACAGAAACCUAAUCCUCCAUUGAAACUUAUGACAGAUCCAGUGAAGUUGCUUGAUGAAAACUUGGAGUUCAAUAAUGCUGCUUUAGAAUUUCUGAAUGACUCCAAUACCAAUUAUCUCAUUGUUGGUGUAAUUGGUACACAAGGAGUCGGAAAAUCAAUGGUUUUAAAUUUAAUCUCUCAAAAUAAACACAUCCGAAAUCUUUGCAGUUAUAUCUUAAAUUCACACGAAAUGAGCUCAGAAAAUACCUAUGAUCAAAAUGAUACAAGUUCUUUGGAAAACCAAUUGGAAGCUUUGAAUUUUGUUGAAACAUCUGAGAAGAACUAUGAACACGCAGAUAUUGAUUUCAAAUUCAAAAUGCAAGACAUUGCACAAAUAGAGAAGGGUAUUCAUUGUACAAAAGGUGUAGACAUGUUUGUAACAACAGACAGAGUAAUCCUCUUAGACUGCCAGGCAUUAUUCUCCCCGUCCCUGAUAGAGGAGUUCAGUGCUAGCCCGGUGACAGCUAGGAGUGCUAACGUGGUGACUGUGGAUUGCCUGCAAGUGGCCUCCUUUCUGAUGUCCGUGUGUCAUGUGCUUGUGGCCGUGCAAGAUUGGUUCAGCGAUUACAAUUUGUUGAGGUGUCAACUAGAAGAUUUCACUCCGGAAGCUGUAAAGACUAUGCAAGACUUGUAUAGGAAAUCGUUCCAGAAAUCCAGUCUCCAGUUGAACUCGGGAAUGUAUAUGUACAGUGAUUCUAAUAAGAACGGACUAAACAUGGACAGUGUGUGUAAGGGCCAUACUGUGGACAACUGCGGACCGCCGAUCAAUUUGUUCUUACUGCCAGAGGUGUACUCGGAUUAUGACAACCGCGAAGUUUAUCGCGGCCAUCCACCCUUCGAGCAAUUGGCCAAACGUCUGCGUUGGAUGAUAUUCGGCGUCAACAGGCAUCAGAUCACAAAUGUGCCCAAUCUGUCAGAGAAGGGGUGGUUCCAAUACUGUUCUAAAGCGUGGGAGACAAUCAGGAAAUGCACUUUCUUCAUGGAAUACGAGAGAUUCUUACCUUGAACUCGUUACUAUACGACAAUUGAACAGGAAUUAUCGCCAGACGAUAAAACCGCCGGCAUUAGACACCUGCGCUUUAUCGGAAUGUUUAAGCCAAGGAUUACGGAAGAAAAGUUAUUUAUGUAUUAAGAAUGUACAAAUAUAAUUGUUACAAUAAAAUUUUAUUAUGAA